GCUGCUGCUCUGGUUCAGGCUUGAGAGGAAGGGAGCUACCACUGGGGCAGGACAUUCACUUGUACUGAGGAGAGAGUGGGGGUACUAGUGGGGCAGCGCAGACACUUAGCAUCUUGUUGAUGUCCACAUGAGUUGACUUGUCUACCUCAGCUUUGAGAUGACUGCUGACCCCCAAGCUGGGCAAACCACCAGACUCCUCUCCAGCUUCCUCUCCCAGGGGAACCAGAGGGUGAGCAGGGCACACAAACAUAUUGGGGCAGGGCAAAGUGAGGCCUGGGCCCAGCUCACCUGCCAUGGGCAGCAAGGCCUGCAGUUGCUCCACACCUGCCUCCUCGGGGACCAGGGUCAGCUCCACCUCAGGCUCCACCUCAGCCUCAGCCUCCCUGUCCCCUUCCCCUGCCUGGUUCAGCUCAGGGUUGCAAUAGUUGAUGUACUGGUACAGGGGCCGCAGGCGCUGGGCCUUUCCUGCAAGGACCCAGAGCAGGGCAGGGGCUGGAGCAUCAAGCCGUACCAUGUCAGGGGUCCAGCAGGCAGGUGGAAAAGGGAAGGCCCAGGGACUGCCACUCACGCUCCAGCCCCAAGGUCUCUGAAGGCACAGACACUGUGCUGGCUACCACUGGGAGCACUGGGGUCCCUAGACUCUUGCGCUUCUUGGCUUUUUUGUGCUGUUUGGCAGACGGUGAGGGCUCACUCUGGCUAUUUUCCAGCUCCUCCUUCUGCAGCAGCAGCCCUUGUGGCAGCUCAGCUUCAGCCCUAAGAUGGGCUUGGUGGCUGGAUCCUGGGAGACUGGGGGACAAGGAGACCUGAGGAGUCAGCCUUCAGGCUUAGCUCUUGCCCCCUGAGCCUAAGAAAUAGCCCUUCCUGCCUAUCACCCCAGGCCUAGAUUCUUGUCCCUUUCCUGGCCAGUAAGGCCCUGGGCUGAAAGGGGCCAAAAGCUCAUGUGAGCUCAGUCCCCUCCAAGGCCUUGAGACUCCCUCUCUGGAUGAUCCCUUCAUCAGGGCACUUGAGGGACAGCAGAGGUGAGGAGUGAUGGUGGUGGCCAGGGAUGGAUAAGGAAGCACACUACAGGAAUGCCCAAUUGAGGAUUUUUUUUUUCCUGCAACCACAGCAUGUGGAAACUCCCAGGCAAAGGAUUGAACUUAUGCUGCAGCUGCAGCCUGAUCCACAGCUGCAGCAACACCAGAUCCUUAAGCUGCUGUGCCACACGGGAACUUAAUGAUUAGGAAUCUUACUAGGGUGAUAGCCACCUUCACUCUCCACCUCCCACCCCCAGCCCUGCAGCUCCUUCCUUCUGAAGGUCCCCUCACUUGACAGGCUUCCUCUUCGGACCAUGAUUGGGCUUCACAAUGGAGGUUAUAGGCCUGGGGCCUCUCUCCUCUAGUGCCUCUGCUACUGGCUUGAGCCUCUUUUCCUCCAUCUUGAGUCUUUCCUCCAGGAGCUCUGGCUCUGAGACUGCUCCUGUUGGACACUUGUCUUCACCCUGGGUCUGGCAGGCCACAAGGGCUGGCUCCAGGCACUGGUCUCCCAUCACUGGACACUAGAAGUGACACAUAGGUAAUUGGUCACCACGACCAGGCAAAGGGUAAAGGGAUCAGUCAUUAAACAUCAAACACAGAUGAGGGCACCAUCCCAUGCCCUUCCCAGGCUAUGGAGCCUGUCCUGGCAAUUAGGGAGGGGGUCGUUGCACAGAGUUGGUCUCCUAAAGCGCUGUGCCCAAGUGUUUGAGGGCUACACAGCCUAAUGGUCAACUCAGAAUUCUGAGCGUAGCCAGUGGGCACCUCAGUGAGCUGUGCCAGCCCCACAGCCGUCUUUUCCUGGGUCCCUGGCCGCCUCUCAUCCCCUGCUGAAGCCAUUGCUCAGGGGAUCAGAGCAUCCUCGACGGUUGCUUGGAAGGUGGGGUGGGUGGGAGGUGGAAGGCGGGCCCCGAGGGAGUCAGACUGGCAGACUCAGAGCUGAUCUCAGAGAAGAGCUGGGUUGAGAAGAGCAACUGGCAGCCGUUCUGCCCCACGCUCAGCUGGAACUACAAGCCCCAGAAGGCUUUGCGCCAGGGGGCAUUGGCCCCUGACCUCAGGGAAGGAAACCACCGUUACCUGGCAACAGCAAACCCAUCGGGUGGCAGCUGAGGGCGGUAAAACUGCUUGGGUGAGCCCCCGCCCGGGUGUUGCGGAAGAGGGGCCGCUAACCCCGCUGGGAAGUGAUUUUGGCGACGACGGCGGCAUGUGUGAGGGUCCGUCCGGCAUCUCGGGGCCUAUCCCCCCAGACCCUACGCUCUGCCCUGACUACUACCGGCGGCCGGCCUCGGCCCAAGGGCGCCUUGAGGGAAACGCGCUGAAGUUGGACCUGCUAACCUGGAACCCAGACCUAGAAGUCACCCCUCCCAGCGGCCCCCGCAUGGGUCCCGGAGCCCGAGAAAUUCUGGAGCGUGGCCGGCGCGGCGUGAGUGGCAUGCUGCUGCAGCUCGAGGGUAUCUCCCUAGGCCCAGGGGCCUCUCCCAAGCGGAAGGACCCUAAAGACCACGAGCAGGAGAACCUGAGGCGGAUCAGGGAGAUCCAGAGGCGCUUCCGUGAGCAGGAGCGCACCCGGGAGCAGGGCCAGCCUAGGCCCCUGAAGGCUCUGUGGCGCUCACCCAAGUAUGACAAAGUGGAGUCCCGUGUCAAGGCCCGGCUGCAGGAGCCCGGCCCUGCUUCCGGGACAGAGCCUGCCCACUUCCUGCGGGCACACUCUCGCUGUGGCCCUGGGCUCCCACCACCCCGUGUCCCCAGUCCCCAGCUAACCCCGCCAGGUCCCAAUGCUAAGGGGCCAGGCCCAGGUGUGGACUUCAUUACCCACAAUGCCCGCACUGCCAAGAGGGCCCCCCGGCGGCAUUCUCGCUCGCUCCAAGUCCUGUCACAGGUGCUGGAGCAGCAACGGCAAGCCCAGGAGCACUAUAAUGCCACACAGAAGGGUCACGUGCCCCAUUAUUUGUUGGAGCGCAGGGAUCUGUGGCGACGGGAGGCUGAGGCCCGUCAGCACAGCCAGCCAGACCCGGCCAUGCCCCCUGGCCACACUCGCAUGCCUGAGAACCAGCGGCUGGAGACACUGAGCAACCUGCUCCAGAGCCAGAGCCAGCUGCUGCGUGAGCUGGUGCUGUUGCCUGCUGGGGCAGAUUCCCUGAGGGCCCAGAGCCACCGUGCUGAACUGGACCGGAAGCUGGUGCAGGUAGAGGAGGCCAUCAAGAUCUUUUCCCGCCCCAAGGUCUUUGUGAAGAUGGAUGCCUGAGUCCUUUCCUGGUUGUAGGCGGGUUUCGGGGAGGAUUGCUACAUGAUUGCAAAGGGCCGGAUUGGGCCCAAUAAUAGAGUGGCCCUCAAGACAGGAGCAGUGGGGUGGGCAGUAUCCCCAGAGCACUCUUCACAGCCACUGGUGGCUGUGGAAGGGCCAUCUCAGCCUCUUAAUCACUUUGUCAAAAUUAAACCUUUUGUACACAGC